AUGUCGCUGCCUACGAAGCACUUCGACGUGCUCAUACUUGGAACAGGCUUAGCACAGUCGAUUCUGUCCGCCGCAUUAGCAAAAGCUGGUCGAUCAGUGCUGCAUGUAGACUCGAACGACUACUAUGGCGGAGAUUGUGCCAGUCUCUCGCUCGGCGAGCUAGUCAAUCACGUGGAGCGCACCGCCGAGUCCAAAAAGGCUAGCAGCUCAACGGCAUGGAUCGAUUUCCCGUCGCAUGUCCUAGAAGCUGCCCAGGAAGCAUCCAGAUCCCCGGCUGCAAAGAUCCCUGAAGAUCUAAGGAAAUCGGACAGGCACUACUCGCUCUCCCUGUCCCCUAGCUUGUUGCCGGCUUCGGGCGAAGCCAUUGAUGUCCUGGUGCGCUCUGGAGUCGCCUCAUACGCCACAUUUCGGUUACUAGAAAGCACGACGGUCUACACUCCAAACGCCACAGCCGCAAGUCCAUCUGCGGUGUCGCAGCUACGAACCGUACCCUGUUCGAAGGAAGACGUGUUCAAAGAUCGAGCCUUGUCUUUGCCCGACAAGCGCCGCGUCAUGAAGCUUCUCAUGAACGUGGCGCAAGCUAGCUCAGUCGCCGAUGUAGUCGAGUCGGGUGAGCGAAUGGGCCUCGGAUGAUCAUGCUUGCUCGCGUGGCUGAUGUCGAAGACUGUCACUCUUGCAGACGCAUACGAAGAACCCUUCUUGUCUUACCUGCAAGGCAAGCACGGUCUAUCAGAUGCCGUCGCACAGACUCUGGCGUACGGAGUAGCUCUAUGCUCGCGUCCGGAUGGUAAGUCUUGCGCAAAGUUGCGAACUCCGUUGUGUGUACUGAGACAGGGCUCGGCUUCUCAGAGCCAACGAAAGAAGCAUUGACGAGAGCAAAACAGCAUCUAUCCGGCAUUGGCCGGUUUGGCAAUUCCUCCUACUUGGUAGGUCAGUAUGGCGGAGCUGGCGAGCUGGCCCAAAGCUACUGUCGAGCUGCAGCCGUAUACGGAGCCAUCUACAUCUUGGGUCAUGAGCUCAGCGAUAUGAAGCCAGCUCAGAGCUUCGAGCGUGCAAAUCAAGGUAUCAACGAUGAUUCUCGAGCUGCAGAGACAAACCAAACGUCAGACGGGCCAACGCAAUGCUGGGAAUUUGGCUUGAAGGACCUGCCUGAGGAAGGAGGUUUGACAGCCGAUUGGGUCGUGGGCGAACCCAAUACGCUCACGACGUUGAUUCCUCGCCAGGAUGAUGACGACGCCUCCGUCCACGCGACAUCACGGCAGCCGGGUCUGCUAAAUGAGAUACCUGAUGCUAAGAGCCUGGAGGCAAUCAUAGUCCUUGAUCGGCCAAUCGCUUUGCAGGAUUCUCCUACCAGUGCAAAUGCAAAUGAGACUCAGGGGCGAAGCGAAACCACCGCUGCGUCGCUGCCACCUGAGACAGCUCUUGUGGUAUUUCCUCCUGCCUCCCUUGUGCCACAUCAUGGAUCGGCUGUCACAGCACUCAUGAUGGGCGAAGGGACGUUCAGCUGUCCAAAAGGCCAAUGUGAGUAUACAAGCGUUUGCCCCGCCCACUUACGGCUUUCAAUCAGCUGAGAGAGAGAGAGAGCCGAUUUGGUUCCGCCAGACGUCUACUACCUCAGUACCAAUGUUGCCUCUGCAGCAGGGCCAGAUGCAGGACGAGAGGUGUUUGAAGCAACUAAGCGAGCACUUUGCAAGCUUGCCGCUUCUUCGACAGUGGAACCGGGAACGGAGGCAAGCGGCUGGGAGAGUAGGCACGAGCGCACUGCUCGGCCAGAGGAGGUGGUGCCUCUGAUUGAGUGCUUCAGAUGCUCGCCAACCAAUUCUGCCAUCGAUCCCGCCAGAUAUCCUCGCCUCGUUCCGGUUCCGAAUGCUCGACAUCAAGCAUCUGGAGCGGGAAAGGUUCCCAAUUUGUCCACCUGGCUCGACCUGGCUACAUCGCAGGCCGAAGAUCUCUUCUGGACCAUCGAGGGUGUGGAGAAGCGACAGGCGGCGGAAAAGAAGGUGGAAGCGAGGAGGAGGAGAAGAGAUCCGGCAGAGUAUGUUGGGAGGGUUGGAGCUACUGAAAAAGACGAGGCGGACGAAGACGAGCAAGUAGUGGAGUUUUUUCAGCCGAAAAGGACUGGAGAAGAACAGGACGAAGAAGAAUAG